CCAUCCUGCAGCAAUCAUGGGCAACCCCAAAGUUGCUGCUCACGGCAAGGUCGUGUGUGGAGCUCUGGAUAAAGCUGUGAAGAACAUGGGCAACAUCUUGGCCACAUACAAGUCACUGAGCGAGACCCACGCUAACAAACUCUUCGUUGACCCUUACAAUUUCAUGGUGUUGGCUGACGUCCUCACAAUUGCCAUUGCCGCCAAGUUCGGAGCAGCUUUCACUCCUGAAAUCCAGGCAACCUGGCAGAAGUUCAUGAAAGUGGUUGUCGCAGCCAUGGGCAGUCGGUAUUUCUAAAUGCACCCCAGACAA